UUACCAAAUUCAGGCACAUUGAAAUUCACGAAUUGCACCUCCCAUUGUGUGUGUAUUAGGCAUUUUUAAGUCAACAAUUCAUAAAUAUUCAGGAGACAUCAUCCAUGACAUCACCCUAACUUUUGUUUGUAAAACAAUACGGAUUAGCAAGGAAUACUCUACUUAGUCUAUUCUGUUUCUUAGCAAUAUAUGUGGUAUACUACAUACAGCUCUGGAUUCGACAGCUUACAACUGAUAAACACAUUAAAGAACAAACUAAUAAGUAAAUAGAUAGAUAGAUAGAUAGAUAGAUAGAUAGAUAAAAUAAAACAGAUUUUCAGCGUAGAACUGCUGCAAUGGUUCAAGGCAAGACAUUUAUCCAUUUACGUAAAUAUGCAAGAUGGAGAAAUAGGAUUGUCGUAUAUUUAAAUAUUAAAAUACAGGAAGAUUUCCGGUUUCUGCAGGGCCAGUGUAGCAAGUCUUCAUCAAACAAACGAAGUGUUUUGUUAAUGUGAUUGGUUCAGCUAACAGAAAACUGUGAUACUAUGAUUUUUAAACAAGCUAUAAGUCAAAAGCAUCCUAUUGGGCUCCACGCAGGGAUUUUGCAACCAAGCUCUGGGGAUUCCAGCUUUUUGGUAUUGUGAAUAUUAACCAUACAAUGGCUUGACAGAUGCAACAAACUUAGUAGAAGAUUAACCAAGAUAACUAGCCACCUGCCACAGAGGGAGACUGGGUUGAUCAUUAAGAUUGAAUGAACGACAUCACAUGACUGUGGCUUUAUAAGGCCCAUCCUGCCCAGGUGACCAUCCCCAGAACAUCCUGGCUUCGCGAGCAGCGCAGGACUCGUCGAACCAUGUGCACCGGCGGCUUUGCCAAAUGCCUUGGGAUCAGCCUCAUCCCGCUGGCUGUCCUCUGCAUCCUCUGCAACAUCCUGCUCUUCUUUCCCGGCGGCGUACCUGCCGACGACAGCACACACAUCACCGAUGAGGUCUUUUACUUAGGCGGCAUUAUUGGCUCAGGAUUUCUGAUGAUCUUCCCAGCCCUCGUCUUCCUGGGCCUGAAGAACAACGACUGCUGCGGUUGCUGUGGCAACGAGAGCUGCGGGAAGCGCUUUGCGAUGUUUACUUCCAUCAUCUUUGCUGCGGUGGGCAUCCUAGGGGCGGGGUACUCUGUAAUAGUCUCCUCUGUGGCCAUAAACCAAGGGCCGAAAUGUGCCACAGCAUCACACAACUGGACCUACCCGUUCAGCAAUGGCAACUACCUGAGUAACCACUCGUCAUGGGACUCGUGCGAGAGUCCAGACGGCAUCGUGUCCUGGCACCUCACCCUGUUCUCCCUGCUGCUGGUGACGGGCAUCGUGCAGGUGGCGCUGUGUGCAAUGCAGACCAUCAACGGCCUCAUCGGAACCAUCUGUGGAGACUGCUGCGGGGGAUCUGGCUGAUGAACAUCUUUAGAGAGACACUACAAGUUGGCUUAUUGUACCAGCACAAUCACAGAGGGUUUAAGUUUUUUGAUAGCGAAUAUAUAUAUAUAUAUACACACAUUUACAGAGUAUUUUCUUAUUUUCAUUUAGAGGUAUAAAUAUUGAGUUUCAGUUAAUACUCAGCCCUGAAACACUGCUUACCUGCACUAAUUACCAAAAACGCUUCUAAUCCAUAAAUAAACCUCUACCUUUUCAAAACCAAAUGGCUUCAUGCCUCUAAUGUUUUU